UGACCUCAGGGCUUGUCUAGAACAACGGACAACCAUGACAUACACUGAGCAUGAUCUCACAGUGACGCCCAGUCACGAUGUCGCUUCAGUAUAAGAAAACACGCAUCCAAACAUUUCCUGUACUUCUCAGUACAGUACAACACUUGAUUUAGCAUCUAUCUCAAUCUCUCUUUCCACUGAAUUAACCAUGUCUAGAAAAUUAUGUAUCACCGCCGUUGAUGGCCAUACCGGCUUCUUGACCGCCGAGUUGAUCAUGACCGACAACAAUUUCAAGAAAACCAUCGGCUCUGUUGUUGGCCUGACUCUGCACCCCGAGGCCAGUUCGUGCAAAGAACUCAGCAAGCUCGGGGUUAAAAUAGUUCCCCACAAGCCUGGGAGAUUGAGGGAGAUGACCAAGGCACUCAAGGAGACCGAGGCUGAUACAAUGUGUCUCAUCCCUCCGACUCACCCGGACAAGUUCGACAUUACUAGCGAACUGAUCGAAGCAACCAAGAAAGCCGGGAUCGCGAAUGUCUGCAUGAUUAGCUCUGCGGGUUGCGAUCUGGCUGAGAGGGAGAAGCAGCCCCGACUGCGGGAGUUUAUUGACCUCGAAGUCCUGCUCCUUGCCUCGAAGGGAGAUCCGUCGACCUCUACCGGUCACUCCCCGGUGGUUAUACGACCUGGAUUCUACGCGGAGAACCUCCUUCUGUACUCCCGCCAAGCCCAGGAAGAAGGCCUCCUGCCUCUGCCCAUUGGCAAAGACCACAAAUUUGCACCCAUCGCUUUAGGAGAUGUCGCCCAAGUCGUCGCGCACGUUCUCAGUGGGAAGGGCAAGCACGGAUUCAGCGACAAACACCGGGGUCAAUUGAUGGUACUGACCGGACCAAUGCUUGCGACCGGAGACGAGUUAGCCUCUGCAGCUAGUCAGGCACUAGGAGAGGAGCUUAAGUUUGAGGAUAUUUCGGAGGCGGAAGCAAAGAAGGUUUUGCGCGCACAAUCCGACAGCGACCAGUCCGAGAUCCAGUACUUGUUAGAGUACUACUCGCUGGUGCGUGAAGGUAAAACCAACUACAUUUCAACCACGGCUUUCCAUGACGUCACCGGGGGUCAUCCCCAAGAACCCCCCGACUUCUUCAAAGUCUACGCCCAGGAAUUUCAUCCCAAGCGCAGCAACAAGAGACGCAAGCUGAGUGGAGGCCAAUGAAGCUGUAACUCUGGUCCAGGUCGUGCGGGGGUUGACCAUUUGAUCUAAUUCAAUGUCUCGUAUGCUAUGCUCUAUGACCAUCGAGGUGGAUGAAAGACGCCGGUGUGACACCACCAGCCUUCGUGUUACCCCACAAACUUCUUGGACCCCUAAGGAACAUUUGUAGAUAGUGUUCGUUCGCCA